AUGACCUUCGCGUAGCCUGUGCUUUCAGCUGCGCUUGCAUUCUCUUCUGGCCAUCAUAACUCCGGCAAACAUUGCAUGUUUGUCUGACCUUAGUGGUCGACCAAUGGUGGUCGAACAUAAAAGGGUCGGGCCCGCUUCGCAUGUACUCGCAACCAAGCCUCCGCUUCGCCUCCUCCGCGUGCCACCUUCCGUAUUUAAGCCCACUUUCCAAAGCGAAAGGAUGACGCCGUCGCGCCACCCCGUCGAACAAACCCUCCCAGCCACCAUGGUCCCCAUAUCAGCUUCGUCCGGCUGUCUCCCAGUCGACAUGAGCGGAGAGGGUGACGAGACCAUUACGGUCGUUGACCCCGAGGGCAACGUCGUGUCCGUCACCACCUAUGGGGAGGAGAGUAAAUAGAGACGCACGUCUCCAACGUCAGCCGCAGGGCGACGAAGCCUGGAAGUCAUAGGACUUCCAGAAUCCGCGCGCGCGUCCUCGAGGACCGCCUUAUCGAGCCCAUCCUGUAACCUGCGUAUACCUUCCGUCCACGGCCGUUUCAUGAAUGAAUUGAG